GGGCCGGGCCGAGCGGAGCCGGGAGGGCCGGCCGGCAGGUAGGUGGGUCCGCCGGGCGGCACGGCGCUGCUGGGUGCCCCGUCGGAAUACUCCCCCGACCCCCCUCCUCCCUCCGUGUGAAGAUGGCGGAGCUGGAGAGCUUGGAGACGGCGGCGGAGCACGAGAGGAUCCUGCGGGAGAUCGAGAGCACCGACACGGCCUGCAUCGGCCCCACGCUCAGGUCUGUUUACGAUGGAGAGGAGCACGGUCGUUUCAUGGAAAAAUUGGAAGCACGAAUCAGAAACCACGAUCGGGAGAUUGAGAAAAUGUGCAACUUCCAUUACCAGGGCUUUGUGGACUCCAUCACAGAGCUGCUGAAAGUUAGAGGAGAAGCCCAAAAGCUGAAGAACCAAGUGACGGACACCAACCGAAAGCUGCAGAGUGAAGGAAAAGAGCUGAUAAUAGCAAUGGAAGAGCUGAAGCAAUGCCGGUUGCAACAGAGGAACAUUUCAGCGACGGUUGAUAAGCUAACGCUGUGUCUUCCCGUUCUGGAGAUGUACAGCAAACUGCGAGAGCAAAUGAAAUCGAAAAGGCACUACCCAGCACUGAAGACUCUAGAGCAUCUGGAGCACACCUACCUGCCCCAGGUGAGCCACUACCGCUUCUGCAAGGUGAUGGUAGACAACAUCCCGAAGCUGCGUGAGGAGAUAAAGGAGGUGUCCAUGUCAGACCUCAAGGAUUUCCUGGAGAGCAUCCGUAAGCACUCGGACAAGAUUGGGGAGACAGCGAUGAAGCAGGAUUGCAGAUACAAUCAGUGGAAAAUAAUUGCCAGGAUAUUCUUCAGUCUUCUGCUCUCUCCAAAUAUUAAGGCACAGCAGCAAAGAAACCUGGACAAUAUUGUAUCGCAGCACCCCAGGAUAAGCGGGGGGAAGAAGUCCAAGAAAGAAGCCUGCGCAGGCUCAGAUUUGGAGGUAAAGAACACUAGCCCCAUGUCUGAGCAGGAUUCGGGUAUCCUGGAUGUUGAAGAUGAGGAGGAGGAUGAUGAGGUGCCCGGGGCCCAGGAGCUGGUGGACUUCUCGCCCGUGUACCGCUGCCUGCACAUCUACUCCGUGCUGGGUGCCCGAGAAACCUUUGAGAACUACUACAGGAAACAGAGAAGAAAACAAGCCCGGCUGGUGCUGCAGCCUCCUUCCAACAUGCAUGAAACUUUGGACGGCUACAGGAAGUACUUCAAUCAAAUUGUAGGGUUUUUUGUAGUUGAAGAUCACAUCUUGCACACAACGCAGGGCUUGGUAAAUAGAGCCUAUAUUGAUGAGCUGUGGGAGAUGGCGUUAUCAAAAACCAUUGCAGCACUAAGGACACACUCAUCGUAUUGCUCGGACCCAAGCCUGGUGUUAGACUUGAAGAACCUCAUCGUCCUCUUUGCAGAUACACUCCAGGGAUAUGGCUUCCCAGUGAACCAGCUCUUUGAUAUGCUGUUGGAGAUCCAAGACCAAUACAGUGAAACGCUGCUGAAGAAAUGGUCAGGAGUUUUCAGAAAUAUACUUGAUUCAGAUAACUACAGUCCCAUCCCAGUGACAAAUGAAGAGAUUUAUAAGAAAAUGGUUGGACAGUUCCCAUUCCAGGAUGCAGAACUUGAAAAGCAACCGUUUCCAAAGAAGUUCCCCUUUUCUGAGUUUGUGCCUAAAGUUUACAAUCAGAUUAAGGAAUUCAUCUACGCCUGUCUGAAGUUUUCAGAAGACCUCCAUUUGAGCUCCACAGAAGUUGAUGAUAUGAUCAGAAAAUCUACAAAUCUGCUGCUGACCCGGACACUGAGCAACUGCUUACAGAACGUCAUUAAGAGGAAAAAUGUGGGGCUGACAGAGCUGGUACAGAUCAUUAUAAAUACGACCCACUUGGAGAAAUCUUGCAAGUUCCUCGAAGAAUUCAUAACCAAUAUCACCAACGUACUUCCAGAAACUGUCCACACCACAAAACUUUAUGGGACCACGACUUUCAAGGACGCCCGCCAUGCUGCCGAGGAAGAGAUUUACACUAACCUGAACCAGAAGAUUGACCAGUUCCUGCAGCUGGCAGACUACGACUGGAUGGCCCUGGAGCCUGGCAGCAGGGCCAGUGAUUACCUUGUGGAUCUCAUUGGCUUCCUACGCAGCACGUUUGCUGUGUUCACACACCUCCCGGGGGAUGUAGAUGCCCACUCUACCAUGUCGGGCAAGGUGGCACAGACUGCCUGCAUGUCAGCAUGCAAACACCUGUCCACCUCACUGAUGCAGCUGCUGCUGGAAGCCGAAGUGCGGCAGCUGACGCUGGGCGCCUUGCAGCAGUUCAACCUGGACGUGGAGGAAUGUGAACAGUUUGCCAGAUCCGGCCCAGUGCCUGGGUUCCAAGGGGACACGCUGCAGUUGGCCUUCAUCGACUUGAGACAACUCCUGGAUCUGUUCAUCCAGUGGGACUGGUCAACGUACCUGGCUGACUACGGGCAACCCACCUGCAAAUACCUCCGGGUGAACCCCACCACAGCCCUCGUCUUGCUCGAGAAGAUGAGGGACACGAGUCGGAAGAACAACGUUUUUGCCCAGUUUCGGAAGAACGAGCGGGACAAGCAGAAGCUGAUAGACACAGUGGCCAAGCAGCUCCGCGGCCUCAUCAACAGCCAUCACUCAUGAGGGACCCACAGCCUUCCCCACGCCUGGACUUGGGAUCCUUGUUCAAAGAGAACAGAUGUAUUUUUGUAUUCGCCUGUAUAGUAUGGAUGAAACCCACCCUUAUGACAAAACGUUGUUAAACAAUCCCGGGGCAGGUAGGUGGCGUGCUGGUGGAGAGGAGGUGGUGUCAGCAGUCACCAAGCUGAACUCCUAUUUUCAGGGGUUUGCAAAGCAACGGGAAGACCUGAAGCCUGAGCGAGAAGUUCACACCCAGACGAUGGGUUGGUUGGGUAUUUUUUGUGUGCGUGGGUUGGGUUGGGUUUGUUGUUUUUUUUUUUAAUUUUUUUUUUUAAUUUUUAAUGGUUUUUUUGGUUUUUUUUUUUUUGUAAGCCAAAUUCAAAGAAUUGGUUUGACUUCCUUUUGUUAAGUUAUUCAGCUGCAGAACAAGGGAUCACAAGAAGUAUAGGGAGGAGCCGUGGUUUCAGGUUCUUCUCACAGGCUCUGCUCAAAGGAGCACGCGUUCAGAAAGAGGGUCACUCAUUAGCUUGCCUUGCCAGCACGCGUGUUGGGUUUGUGUAGGAGGAGAAGCAGUGAUUUCUCAGCCUCUCUCCCCUUUUCCCAUAAGGGCUGAUUCCCACCCUGGGUCGCGGGUGGCUCCUCAGAGCUGUGACCCUUUGGUGUGUGUGGCAGCACUGCUCAGAGCUGAUGCACCCCAAGCUUUGCUUCUGGGACCUGUUGGUGUCUUGCGGCCCUGCACUGGGUAUAAAAGGGCUUCAAAAGUUGCCUCAUUGCAUAGGAGAGGUUGGGGUGCCCUAUGGGGUCAGUUUGGGCUGGGUGCUAGGAGGGGAGAGUACAGCACUCUGCUUUGCUUUUCCUUUCCGUGCUGGUUUGCAGUGCUGCUUUCCCAUCCUCCCUUCCUGCUGCCAUGGUGCCGUGUCCCUGUGCCUCCAGCACAACCCUCCAACUUGGAGACGUCCCCCAAAUGUGGGGUGCAGGAGGUUCCCCCUGGAGUAGCAUUGUGCACCAGCAGCCCGGCUCUGAAUGACAGAGCUCUGCUCUGCUCCGUGCUGCGGAGCUGCCCGUACAUCACCUGCUGAAAUCAAGGCGGCCUUUGAGGACCACGUCACGCUAUCAACAGGAUGUUAAUCCCAGGCUUCAGGUUACAGAGAGAAGGGACUUUUGCCCUUAUCUUUUCAUUCCCCUUUUGACUCUCCUUUACCGCAGGUGAAAGUUUAUCCGGCCGCUUCCCCCACUACCAAACCCUGACGCUGUGUUCAAGGGAAUUCAAACCCUCAUUGUGAAUGGCAGGGCCCUUUCUAACACCAUUCAAAUGCGUGGGGCCAUUGGCUCUCAGACCAUUUGUGGAAGCUGCUGGGUGGUUCUGGAGCCCUGGUGGGGCUCUGUUUCCCUUCAGCUCCCCAUUGCAGGCUCCUGAGCUGCACCGGGGCAGGAUUUGUCCGUGUGCCACCCAGCUGGGGCUGCAGAAGGGGGCAUUUGGGCUCUUUGCUUUCUGCCCACGAGCACUCCUGGCGUUGUAUUUUUGGCUCCAUUCACACUCCAACUCUGGAUGCACGAAGCGGUGGUGCUUCACCUUCCUUCUUUGUUCCUCAGCAAUCCUCCCUUGAUUUCCUUUUGGUAAGGGUACGUGGACCCUGAAAUAGGCACAUUGCUAGCAAUGAGCUCGUGGGGCUUUGUCCCAUCACUGCAACCUCCAGCCACCACGCUCGGUGCGUUAUUUCCAUUAAUACGAGGGAAGAGCUGGGACUUGGCGUUAUGGCUCCUUUCUUUGUGAGGAUCGGAGGGUACUUUCUUAAUGCCUCUUUGGGAUAUAUGCAAGAAGGAUGGAAAAAAAAAAAAAAAAAAGAAGCAGAUGGAUGACAGUUGUAUGGCCAGCAAGGGACUGUAUGAUGUGAUCCACCCAAGGGGACCCUCCAGGUAGGGACAGGUGACAGGGGACAAGUGGUGGCAGAAGCAGGUGGGACCAUCUGCUUUGAGCAUCCUUUGAGCAGAAGAGCUCAGAGAUUGAAGCAAAAACCCAACGGUGGGAGGAGGAGGGAGGUUUCAGUGCACGAGGCACUCAGUGAAGGGCCAUCCAGUCACAAGCACUUUAAAACACUUCAGAAUCACGCUGCUACGGAUGCUGGCAACAGCAUAACAGAGCAUCAGCAAGCAUGACAAAUAGAGCGCUCUGGUGUUCCCAGUUUUUAUUAGUGGGAGGAUAGACUGUCAAACCCAAUUUCUAAUAGCAUUUCUCAGCCACUGACGUCGCUGCUGGAUGAGGAGGUGCCUUUUGCACACUGAGGAUUUUCCUCCAGCAGGGAGAAGGGAGCACGACGAGGCAGCAUCACCCCCAUGAGCUGGGGAAAGCAGCCGGCUCCUGGCUUGGAAUCUGGGUUUUUUUAUCCCCAAGGAGCAGCUCCUGCACUGCAUUGAGUAUCCCAGAGCGGCUGUGGCUCAGGGCGAGCUCUGCUCCAGGGAGUGGGGCUGGCAACUGGGAUGUGCUGCUGGGAAAGCCCAGCCCGGCCCCAUCAGAUUCAGGGAGUUUCUGAUUUCGGGAGGUCAAGCACCUAGCCACAAGUCACACCACGGGCAUGAAAAAUGGAAUUUUGGUGCUCUGUUCCUAAUUAACUUUUUGUUCCGAGAGAUGCAGCUCCAUCCCUUCAAAAUAAAAUUAAUCUUUUAAACAGACUGCUUAAAAAGCCCUGGAAGACAUUUAAAAUCCCCUCUAAAUCGCUUACUAAUGACUGGUAUCCUCUGAUACGGAUGGUAUUGCUUAUGAGGGAAAGGUUGUUGCUAUAAAUUUGUGAUCUGGGGGUAGGCAGGGGCCGAACCCACUGCUGUAACCAUCAAUUUGCAACCCCCAGAACAAAUAAUGCUGCUAUUAACACAUCCAUGUACAUACGUUGAUCGGUCCUUAGGUUUUAAAGCAGUGGCUGUAGUAAGGUGAGCCUCCCUCUCCCCCCAGCUUGGCAAACAAUUCAGCACCAUUGGAUUAAAAAGAAAAAGAAAAAAGGAAGAAAAACAAACUAAAACAAAGCUUGCCUUCCUGAGAAACAUCCACUUAUCUUAUUUUCCUUAUUUUCCUUAAAACCUCCAUGGAAUAUUUUUUUGGGGACAGUUCUAAGGCGCCGAGCUGCAGAGCAAAUCAUAAAGGGAACAGCUUUGAACACUCCCUCCUCCGUCUCUAUCCUAAUCUCCGUUACAAUCCCAAUCCCAGUCCCCACUGCUAUCUCAGUUGCAACCCCCUACCCCAUCACCAUCCCAUUCCUCAUCCUCAUCCCAACCACAGUCCCCACCACCAUCCCAGUCCCAACACCAACCCCAUACCCCAUCACCAUCCCAAUCCCCAUCACCGUCCCAACCCCCAUCACCAUCCCAAUCCCAACCCCAAUCCCCAUUGCGAUCCCAACUCCCAUCACCAUCCCAAUCCCUACCCUCAUCCCAACCACAGUCCCCACCACCAUGAUUCCAACUCCAACCCCCAUCAUCCUCCCAGUUCCAACACCAACCCCCAUCACCAUCCCAAUCCCAACCUCAACACCAAUCUCCAUCCCCAUCCUAACCCCAGUCCCCAUCUCCAUCCCAAUUCCCAUUGCCAACCCAAUCCCUAUCCCAACUCCAGUCCCCAUCCCAUCCCUCAGUGCCUACUGGCUGCUUGUGUUGUUGCCUUUUCUCAGUUUCUGAGGGGAAGGAGCGUGAUUUUGUAAACUAAUGAUGUGGUGAAGACAGCUUUUUUUGCACAAGUCGUUGCACAAUAAGGGGAAAAAUUAGUAAAUUAGGUUUAACUUUAAAGGGAACUUUUUUUUUUCUUUCCUUAAAACUCACUAGCAGAGCUACUGAUUACAAACAAACAAAGAAAAACUGACUGAUUGAGAAAUGGACUGCAUGGUUUACAGGUUAAAUUGCGUUAGAAAUUAGCAUGUUGACUUCGACUGUACAUUUAUCCUAUUGUAACUUCCAUUAAACAAUACAGCAUAUAACUGUUUAAAUAA